GAGGGUAGGAGGACCUGCUACGUGUACGUAAGGUCGGUAGAAGCUCCUGUUGUCAGCGGUUCGGGUGAAGAGAGAUUUUACCGAAGAGACAUCCAGCAUUAAGGGAAAAACUGACAACUGUUGGCAGAUAAAGAAGGGAAAAAGCAGCAAGUUUGCACAACAAAAGAAAGCAAAAGAAGAUAAAGCCAGGAAUCAUCCGCAGUAUGAAUCACUCUCACAAUGGUAUUGGCUUUCCAACGUCCAACAACGUCAGCAGCCGGAAACCCUCGAGCAGAGAUCACACGGCAAAUAUCGACACGGACAUGGCUGAUGCACCGCCCUCUCUCAAGAGCCCCGGGCUACACGAUUACACAACGCCUCCAAUGCAGACGCAAAUGACGUUUGAUGGGAACAGCACCAGUGAGAAAAGAUACGGCGAGAUCCAGAACUUGCCCACACCGUUGGUGUUUAACAAUUCCCGAGCCAAAAUACGUAAAUAUUCGUUGGCCAGCCCGACAUUCUCAAACGAGCAUGUGUUUCCCAUAAGCGAGUCACCCCAUGACGCUGAUUACGAUGAUACUAGUGCCACUAGUGACAAUGUUGAUGUAAGGAUGGGUGGUGUUGGUUACGACGACUGUAAUACCGACGGCAGUUCAAGCGUAGAUGUGGAGAAUGGCUCUCCUUCCUGUUUACGCAUACCUAAAGCCCGUCAAAAAAACAUGGAGACAAAAAAAGUCCUAGCAGACAAGAACAUAUCGAAUAACGAGAGAUACUUCUCUGAGUUCAGGGUAAAGCAAAGAAUUCCUUCAAGUGAAACAUCCCCACCAAUAGUGAACACAUUCGAGGAUAUCACCAGGCAGCGAUCAUCAUAUAGUCCCGAGAGGGCCUCUUUACUGCCCAAAAUUAGACCGGUAGAUAGAGUUGUUUCUUUACCCUUUCAUGAUAGUUUUGCCCAUCAUUCUGCGGAUAAAGCUGAAAGAAAAUCCAAGAAUAUAAAUCCUAAAGUACCGCAAACUGAGCCUUUACCAAAAUCAACAGUAGAUCCUAAUUUCUCCACCAAUUGCCUGAUUCAGUUGCACAGUAUUGACGAACCAGUACGACCUCAAUAUUGGAAGCUUUCCACUGAAAUCGGCAAAGGAUCUUUCAGUAAGGUGUAUCUGGCGGAUGACGGCAAAACUGCAAUCAAAGUCACAGACAUAAGAUGUAGCAAUGAUGGCACCCAGUCGAACGAGCUACGAUUACGGAUUCAAAACUCCUUGACUAGGGAGCUGGAAAUAUUAAGAGUGCUGGACCACCCCAAUAUAAUUAAACUUAUCGGAACAGAUUACGACACAGAUCGGAGUACUCCAAUGGAGAAGAUUACAAUGGCGAUCGAGUAUUGCAAAGGUGGAGAUUUAUAUAGUUUUAUUUUGGACUAUAGAUCCGAAGUAUCGUCUGAGUUAAUCAGAUGUAUCUUUGCCAACAUAGUGUCUGCCAUUUCAUACAUGCACAAAAUGGAUGUCUGUCAUCGAGACAUCAAACUCGAGAACAUUUUGUUGAAACACUCUCAGUUAGAAAUAUUGAAUUAUGGAACCGCCUUGGCAGUAAAGCAUAAUCCAAUUGCAGUUCUCUCAGACUUUGGCUUAAGCAAGAAGAUCGAUCCUUUAAAUCCAAUGUUAACCACACGAUGUGGGUCUGAAGAUUACGUCUCUCCUGAGUUGCUACUCGGAAUGCCUUAUGACGGUAAACAAAACGAUUGCUGGUCACUUGGGGUUGUGCUAUACACAAUGCUCGAAAGCAGAUUGCCUUUUGAUCCAUUGCCAAAUGAGCGUGAAAACAGAUUGAAAAGAAAGUCUAAACCUGCACAUAGAAUAGCGAUGAUAUUAUGGGAAUGGUAUGUUAUGAAAGAUUUCAAACUGAGUGAAGAAUAUGGGUCGGCGAAACAGAUUGUAAAACAGUUGCUAGCCAAGAGAAAUAAACGUGCCACUAUUGAUGAAAUACAGGAGAAUCCCUGGUGUGCACCUUACAUUAUCAAGUCAAGUAAAGACAAUGGAGUAAGCGAAUAGUCCACCGCAGAGGCACAGAUGUCAGUUGCUAAUGAGAAGUUAAUGGUAAGCGAAAAAGGGUCGACAAAGUACUUAGUUUAUAAAUCUAUUCAUUCGGGUUCUAGGUUUUAUAUGUAUAACCAUCUUCUAUCUAUAGAUGGACAACAAAUGUCGAGUAACUGACAAGUCACAGUAUAUCUGAGUGAAAGAGAAGAAAAGGGAGAGAAAAGUAAGUAGGAAAAACGCAAAGCUAAUUUUAAAUAGCAAUUCUUGUAAACUAAAGUAAAAAAUAAUUGAGAUAGUAAAAACAGUUU